AAGGAAAACACUCCUGUCCUUACUAGUGUCACAUAAUGUGCCUUAUAAUUCGGUGCGCGGAUGAGGAUGUGUUAUAGCCAGAUACAGAGAGAGAGGUGAUGAUGGUGAUGGUGAAGAAGACAGCUGGAUAAGCCUGAAACAGUCAGAGCAGAUAAAGAGAUGUUGAGAAAGAGAGUUAGGGGUAGUGUUGAUGGAAGCGGACUGGUAAACGCACUACAGGAGUUUGUGUUUGAGACGCCAUGGAGGAGGACUUUGACCUCGAGCGCCGCAGAGAACUCCGCCGACAAAAACGAGAGGAGAUGCAGAAAGAAAUAGAGAAGAUAAGCAGCUCACAAAUGGAUGAUGAUGAUGAAGAGGCUGCCCGAGAGAGAAGGAGGCGUGCACGGCAGGAACGGCUGCGCAACAUGGAGAAUGAGGAGAUUAGUAGCACUGCCACAGAACUCAACAACACUGACAGCACCAAAGACGCAAGUGUCUCCACACUGAUUACAACCCCAGCCAGUAAUGAUGACGACCAGGCUCUCCUGGAGCGACUGGCCAAACGUGAGGAGCGCAGGCAGAGGAGAAUGAAAGAGGCCAUGGAGAGACAGAAGGAGUUUGACCCCACAGUCACUGACAGAGACGCCAACGAAGACAGGCCGAGUCCCAGUAGAGACGCAGAAGAGGAGUCCCCGAAGAAUGAGGUCAACUCCUUCACAAAGUUAGAGGAGAAGAAUGAGGAGGAGAAAGCAGAUGAGGUAAAGGUGGAGGUGCAGGUGACAGUUGUAGAGAAGGAGGAGCCGGUGUCACCACCAGCAUCAGAGGAACCAAAAGAGGAGGAGACACCGAAAGAGGAGGAGAAGAAAGAAGAGGAGCAGGAAGUGAAGCCUCAGAGAUCAUACCUCAGAGAACAGGGGUCAGUGGAGGAGAAGAAACCAGAAACCAUCUCAAGAAAAGAGGAAGAGAGUGAAGAUCAAGCUGUCACUAUAAACAAAUUGGCUGAGGAGAAAGCAGAUACAGGUCUAGAGAGUGCAGAUCUAGAACAGAAAGAAGUUCCCAAGGAAGAUUUGUUACCAAAGGAGCCUGAGAAAGAGGAAGAAAAAGUAGAAAAGGUAGAAAAAGUAGAGGUAGUCCAGGAGGAACCUGUUAUAACUGAAACUAAGAAGGAGGAGAAACCUGUGGAGAAAGAGGUGGAGAUUCCAUCGAAGAAACCUGAAGAAACACCAGCCACUCCAAAAACACCUGUUCAAGAAGAACCUCCACCAGAGAAGAAGGAAGUGGAGAAACUGAAGAAAGCGGAAGUAUGUGUACCAGAGAAGAAACCAGAGGAAAAACCUGACAGGUCGAGGAGGGAAGUAGAGAUAAAAGUGGAACUUCCUAAGAAGGAAGCCGUGGAGAAACCUCCUGCUAAAACUAAGGUUGAGGAGAAACCAGCAGCCCCGAAGAAGAUUGAAGAGAAGCCACAGAUUUCAAAGAAGGAGGUAGAUGAAAAACCAAAGUGGAAGAAGGAGGCUGAAGAGAAACCCAAAGCAAAAAUUGAGGAAAAAGCCAAACCUAAGGAGGUUGUGGAGGAAAAGCCCAAGCCAUCCUUUUUACGUGAUAAAAGGGAACCACUGAAGCAGCAAAAUGGAGAUGACACUGCAGCUAAAUUCAAGAAACCUGAGAAACUAGUGGGUCGUCUAGGACUGCGUUCUCCUGAGGUGGAGAAGCAGGACCCCAAAGCUAAACAGGAGGCCGAGCGCAAGCUGGUGGAGCUGAAGCGCCGGAGGAACGAAACAGAGACUGAGGAGUUUGAGAAGAUGAAGCAGAAGCAGCAAAGCGCUGAGGCUGAACUCGAGGAACUGAAAAAGAAGAGAGAGGAGAGGAAGAAAAUUCUGGAAGAGGAGGAGAAGCAGAAAAAACAGGAGCUGAUGGAUAAAAAGGCCAAAGAAGAGCAAGAGAGGCAGAAGAUGAAGGAGGAGAUUGAGCGCAGGCGGGCUGAAGCAGCUGAGAAGAAACGGCAAAAGGAGGAAUCCACUGUAGAGGGAAAGUUGGCAUUCAAAUGUGUGUCUCCAAAAGGAGCCUCUACAAAGAUCGGUGAGAAGGCUGAAUUUCUGAGCAAAUCAGCCCAAAAAACGGUAGUAAAGGCUCCACACACCCCACUUGUGUGCAAGAUAGGCAACAGAUUGGAGCAAUACACAUCUGCUGUUCAGACUAAGGACGUAAAAUCGCCCAAGUCUCCUGUGAAGGACCUGCCUGUGGUGGAGGGGGUGCGCAACAUUAAGAGCAUGUGGGAGAAGGGCAAUGUGCAGAGUCCUGCUGCUCCAGCACCUGCUGCUUCCACUGCAGCCACUAAGGAAACAUCUGGGCUGAACAUUGGUGUGGCGGGACGCAUCAACAGCUGGAAGACAAAGACUCCAGAGACUAAGGCCCCAGAAGCGGCGCCACCUGAGACAAAACCCCCAGAGACCAAGACCCCUUCACCAGGAAAACUGGCCACAGGCAAACCUGAACCAAAGCCGGCUGAUGUAUCUAAAGCACGUGGAAUGUGGGAAACUAAGGGCUCCUCCUCCUCCUCCUCCCCAGCGAAGGUGUUUCCACUCAAGAGUAAAUCAGUCACGAAUGGAACAAGGAAGUAAACACCGCCCCUAAAAUGGCCCCUUAUGAAGACAACAAAAGAUGGCUGCAAAUUAUGUCUACUGUUUAUAUACAUCACACUAUUUCCUAGUGUUAAAUCAACACUGUGAUUUUUUAAUGAACACAGUGAGUGUGUAAGUCAACACAAUGUUCAUUUAACACAAGCAAAUUUGCUGUGGGAUCGGAAACAAAAUACUUACAACUUGUUAAUGACAAUUAUCAUCAUCAUAAAUAAUAAUACCUAUGUAUUUUUUUUUCCAUUGUAAGAAUUACUAGCCUCUACCCAAACUGACACCCAGACUACAUUCAGUACUGGUCUAUAAAGUUACAGUUAAUUCCCCUGGACAAAUUUCUUUGUUUAAGAAAAGAUAUGUAGGGAUGUAGAGCUUGCGGUAUUUUGUUUAUUUUGGGCACAUCUUUAGCUUGACUGUUCAGUAGUAAUCGCCAAACUGUAGAGCAUUAGACCCUUUUCGUCAGCGUGCUUCUCAAAUGAAAUUAACCUGGGGUGGCAGUUGUUUUGCUUUCUGAAUUCCUGGUCUCUGUUAGCACAGCAUUAGCAUUAGUUCACAGCUUAACAUGCAGUUUAAUUCUAAUAACAUUAAAGACAAGGCAACCAUAUGAUCCACUUGAAUGUGGCUGUGGUUGAAUGUUAUUUUCUUAUUGUUUUCAUUUUUUACUUUAUUUCUUUAAUAUCUUUUAGUUUUACUGAACACAUAUAAAUAAAGCACUUAAAGAGUUGGACUGGCAGACUCACACACGGCACACUUUUUCACAGCCUUAAAAAUAUUGUCCACAAGUGGUGUUUGGGUGGGCAUAGAGUGUUAUUUGUUCAAUUUUAUGUGAGAUUCAAAAGAAAAAUCAGUGUUUGUGAACAGCCUCGAGUGUAGCGACUGUAUUAUCCUCCAAUCUGUAGCAAUUAAAGUGGAUAAAAACUCUCA